AUGGUCUGCCUCGCUCCUUCAGUGGCUGACUCAGAGCUCAGUUUUUCUGAGAUGGGCACCGGCCCGGAUGAAAUUGGGUUCUACAUGGACAACGUGAACGCUCUGGUGGUGGUCAAUGAGACAUUCAGCUACUACCCAGACCCUGUGUUCGAACCACUGAGUCCAUCUGGUGUACUGGAGCUCAAACCCACAUCGCCACUAAUACUGAAGGGUCGUAACCUGAUCCCAGCGGCUCCAGGUAACAGUCGCCUGAACUACACGGUGCUGAUUGGAGACACUCCCUGCAUCCUGACCCUGUCUGAGAGCCAGCUGCUGUGCGAAUGGCCCAACCUCACCGGACAGCACAAAGUCACGAUCCGUGCUGGAGGAUUUGAGUACUCCCCUGGGACUCUUCACAUCUACUCAGACAGCCUGCUAAACCUACCUGCCAUCAUUGGCAUCGGAGGAGGUGGUGGCCUGCUCCUUUUGGUCAUCAUCGCUGUGCUGAUAGCCUACAAAAGGAAGUCGAGGGAUGCGGACCGCACCCUGAAACGUCUUCAACUCCAAAUGGACAACCUGGAGUCAAGAGUGGCACUGGAGUGUAAAGAAGCUUUUGCCGAGCUUCAGACAGACAUCCAUGAGCUGACCCAGGAGCUAGACGGAGCAGGGAUUCCUUUCUUGGACUAUCGUACUUACGCAAUGAGAGUCUUGUUCCCUGGAAUUGAGGACCACCCUGUGCUCAAGGAGAUGGAGGUCCAAGCAAAUGUUGAGAAGGCACUCACGCUGUUUGGCCAGCUGCUGACCAAGAAGCACUUCUUGUUGACAUUCAUACGGACACUUGAGGCCCAAAGAUCAUUUUCAAUGCGUGAUCGAGGCAAUGUGGCAUCUCUGAUCAUGACGGCCCUACAGGGGGAGAUGGAGUACGCAACGGGGGUCCUGAAACAACUGCUGUCCGACUUGAUUGACAGAAACCUGGAGAGUAAAAACCACCCCAAACUGUUACUAAGGAGAACGGAGUCCGUUGCUGAAAAGAUGCUGACCAACUGGUUUACUUUCCUUUUGUAUAAGUUCCUGAAGGAGUGUGCUGGAGAGCCUCUGUUCAUGCUGUACUGUGCCAUCAAGCAGCAGAUGGAGAAGGGACCCAUUGACGCCAUCACAGGAGAAGCUCGCUACUCUCUCAGCGAGGACAAGCUCAUCAGGCAACAGAUUGACUACAAAACAUUGACGCUGCACUGUGUAAACCCAGAGAAUGAAAAUGCCCCCGAGGUGACAGUCAAGUGUCUGAACUGCGACACCAUCACUCAGGUUAAAGAGAAGCUUCUUGAUGCCGUGUAUAAAGGCAGCCCCUAUUCACAAAGACCAAAGGCAUCAGAUAUGGACCUUGAAUGGCGUAAGGGUCGGAUGGCCAGAAUCAUUCUGCAGGAUGAAGAUGUCACAACUAAGAUUGACAAUGACUGGAAAAGACUCAACACACUGGCUCAUUAUCAGGUCACAGAUGGCUCAGUGAUUGCCCUUGUGCCAAAGCAGAACUCUGCAUAUAACAUCUCCAACUCCUCCACGUUGACAAAGAGUCUCAGCAGAUACGGGCCAUGA